AUGCCUGCACCAAAUGUGGUCUCAUGGACUUCACUCAUGUCCGGUUAUGUCAACAUGGGCCAACCCCAAUUUGCUCUCUGGCUCUAUACAAAGAUGCACGAGAGUGAAGUUAGGCCGAAUGGUUUUACCUUUGCGACACUCAUUAAUUCGUGUUCGAUUCUUGCGGAUCUCAAAACUGGCAAGAUGGUCCAUGCCCAUGUUGAGACUAUGGGGCUUCAAGGCAACCUUGUGGUAUGUUCUUCAUUGGUUGAUAUGUAUGGGAAAUGCAAUGACGUUGAUGGAGCUAGGCAGGUUUUUGAUUCGAUGGGUCAUAGGAAUGUUGUUUCUUGGACGGCAAUGAUUGCUGGUUAUGCACAGAAUGCGAGAGGACAUGAAGCACUUCAAGUUUUUAGAGGAUUCAAUCGUUUGAUGCUGGAACGUCCCAAUCAUUUUAUGCUGGCCAGUGUGAUCAAUGCUUGUGCUAGCUUGGGGAGGCUGGUUCCAGGGGAAGUUAUGCAUGGGGCAGUUAUACGUAGUGGAUAUGAAUCGAACGAUGUGGUUGCGAGUGCGCUUGUGGACAUGUAUGCCAAAUGUGGGGGUUUUCUUUACUCAGAUAAGGUUUUUAGGAGAAUUCCAAAUCCUUCUGUCAUUUCAUAUACUUCAAUGCUUGUGGGUGCUGGAAAAUAUGGACUUGGGAAACGAUCGCUCAAACUCUUCGAAGAGAUGAUCGAUAGAAAAAUCAUGCCAAAUGAUGUCACCUUUGUUGGGAUUUUGAAUGCAUGCAGCCAUUCGGGACUCAUUGAUGAAGGUCUUGGACACCUGAAUUCCAUGCAUGAGAAACAUGGAAUAAUGCCCGACGCAAGGCAUUACACUUGCGUUGUUGACAUGCUGAGUCGAGUUGGCCGUCUAGAUGAGGCUUACAAAUUAGCAAAAUCGAUUAGGGUCAACCGCAAUGAAGGCGCUCUUCUGUGGGGCACACUGCUUUCUGCUAGUAGGCUUCAAGGACGGAUAGAUAUUGCCGUUGAAGCAAGUAAGUGGCUGAUUGAAUCUAAUCAACAAGUAGCAGGUGCUUAUGUCACAUUAUCAAACACUUACGUGUUGGCUGGGGAAUGGGAAAAUGCUCAUAGUCUUCGUGCCGAAAUGGAACUCAUUGGAGUUCAUAAGGAACCUGGGUGCAGCUGGGUUGAGAUAAAGGACUCAACUUACGUGUUCUAUGCUGGAGACUUAUCAUGUGAAAGAGGGGAUGAGGUCAUAAGCUUGCUGAGGGAGUUGGAGAGGAGAAUGAUGGAAAGGGGUUAUGUAGGAGGGAGUACGGGACUAGUAUUUGUUGAUGUCGAACAGGAGGUCAAGGAGGAAAUAGUAGGCCUGCACAGUGAGAGACUGGCCUUGGCCUUUGGGUUGAUAAGCAUACCUAAAGGAGUCACCAUUAGAGUGAUGAAGAACUUGAGGAUGUGCAGUGACUGUCACAGGGCUUUCAAGCUGAUCAGUAAGAUUGUAGAGAGAGAUUUUGUUGUGCGUGAUGUUAAUAGAUUUCAUUAUUUCAAGGAUGGAUCAUGCACUUGCAAGGAUUUUUGGUAG